AUAUCAGUUUUUUACAGAUUGGAUCAUCAUCAAAUCUUAUGUUUGAAUGGAUGGCCACCUGGCCAUGUAUGCGCUUUAGAUUAUCACAAUGAUUUUGUGUUGGAACACUGUCCACUUUAAUCCCAUGUCGUCCGUCAUGCACUCCUGGUUUGGACUAGGACAUAAUAAUCUUCAUUUCUGAAGAAACUUAUCUGUGCCCACCAUAAUUCUGAUCCUGGAAUUUCGACAAAAAGCUAAUUACAUUUUAAGCCGUAAUAUUAUGUAAAAAAAAUAUUUAAUGUAAAGAGCCAAAGCCCUCCACCUUAGACUAACAUAUAUUUUUUUUCACCCAGUAAUUUCUUACCAUGAGCUUGGGAUAAAAGAAAAUUGAUCACUUUUCACAUUCCAUACUCACUUUCUCAAAUCAAUGGUUUUUUUUUGUUGUUGUUUUGUGCCAACUGUGUUUAAAUACAUAUCUUUAAUCACUUGAAAACACUUAAUAGCACUCUUAGGUGCAUAAGCCACAAUUGUCAGCGUAGAUCUGUGUGUGUGUGUGUGUAUGUAGUAAAAAAAUUAUAAGUGAAUUUUCUUCUUAGGUUUCCAUAGUAAAUAAAUACAGUCGGAGCAAACAAUACAAUUUUAUAAAAACAAUUCAGUGAACAUUUUUUUCAAAACAUAAUGAUGAUGAAGAGUUUAGUGCUUUUUUCACAAAAGUGUCAACUAAAUGGUGUGUGCAUUGUACCCAUGUUCACAUUCAUUAGUGAACUCUUUGUAUAGUCACCCUGAGUCUUGACUACAUUGUUAGAUUUAUUUACUUGAACACUCAUUGUGUUGUUAAGCUAGUGUUGUUAUUGGCUUAAUGAGUGCUCCCCCAAACAUGGUCUCGGUUCAAGCCAUUGCAGCCAUUAUAAAAAAUAUCAUUUGGUUUACACUUCCUGUUUUUUAAGAACCCAUUGAGUUAGUCAGCCUCAUGACUGGAGUGUUUCAUUUCAUUGCUUGUGUAGUUGACUACUCUCAUGUCCUUUUUUUUUCCCCCUACCUAUAUAAAGUAAAGGCUUUAUCAUUUAGUAGUGAGGUGUAAAAAGCAUGGAGUUCAUAUUUAUAAAAGAAGGGCAAAUUUUUUUGCUUGCCUUAAUAUUAAAAUGAAAGAAUUUUCAUGAUAUGAAGUGGAUAUAGUGGCACUGAACUGCUUGGUUCACUUAGAAAGUUUUAAAUUGAUGGAUUCUUUUUGUGUCGUAUUUCAAACGUGCAAUGUUUAAAAAAAAAUUUAUUGUGUCUUCCAUCUCAAUUUCAUAAAUGGCAGUCAUAGAGUUAAAGCUGCAUAUUUUGAUCAUUAGAUUUGUUUUGUGUGUAGAUGACAUAAAAAAAAAUAUAGUCAGGGUAAAGUCAUUUUGUCAAAUGAUUUUGUUAGGUACUGUUUCUAAAGCUAUAGUCCUGUUUUGAUGGAGGUUUAAGCUCUCAAUACAGCAAUUGUUUUGAACAAGCAAGCAAAUGUCCGAAAAAAGAUUCAAAGUUCAAGAGUCUCCUGCACUUGUCAGGCUUAGGAAAUCCGAGAGUCCCAUGGCUGCCACAAAAGCCAGUGAGAGAAAGUUGGCAGCAAGGUUUUACUCCACAGACACUGCCAUGGAUUACACCCAGGGUUACCGGGAAGAUUUGGAUGGGGAUAAAGCUAAUUGCAGGCGUUCAGCAAGCCUGCAGCAGCACAGUACCAUAGGUACUGGGGUGUAUAAGAAAAAUAUUCCUGGGGAUGUGAACAGUGGCACCUUAGGUACUUAUAAGAAGCCUGCACCUGUGGUGCGUCAGAGAUUAAAAAGAAAAGAUGAUUAUUAUACUGUUGUUGCAGAUGGAGAGGAUACCCAGAGUGUGCCGACAUGGAAUACUUACCUCUACCAGCUACAGCAGCAGGCUCCCAAGCCAGUUUGUAUACAGUGCCAGCAAGAGGUUCCCAACAAACCUCCACAGUAUGGAAAAGAGUUUCAUGGUACACUGAGCCGGCAAGAAGCUGACAGACUAUUACAGAGUGGAGAUGGCUGUUAUCUGGUCAGGAAAAGUGAUAGAGCACCAGAUGCUUUUACAUUAGCUAUAAGAUUUGAGGGUGAGACAAAAAAUUAUAAACUGUAUUAUGAUGGCAAGCAUUAUGUGGGGGAGAAAAGGUUUGACUCAAUACAUGACCUGGUGGCUGACGGACUCAUUCAUUUUUUCAUUGAGUUACGAGCCGCUGACUAUAUCAAGACACUGUCUCAAGAGUCCAAUUAUGAGGAGUCUCCUUACAUGGCGUAUAACAUGAAACGUAAAAGAAUGGGCAAAUCCAAAACAGAUGCUAAUGUCAAAGUGAUGAACAAUGAGGCUCUUCAAUUACCGAUGGAAGUUGAUGACUCAGGUCCAGCUACAGAUGUCAAUGAAUAUGAAAAACCACACAUAUUUAAGGUUCAAAAUUUUAUGGGUCUCCAUUGGUGUGACUUCUGUGCCAACUUUAUGUGGGGACUCUUAGCUCAAGGGGUGAAAUGUCAAGAUUGUGGGUUCCAGGCACACAAAAAAUGUAGUGAGAAAGUACCAAACGACUGCAUGCCAGACAUGAAGUAUGUCAAGAGGAUAUUUGGUGGGGACCUGACCACCGUGGUCAAGGCCCAGAAAUCGCUCAUACCAAUCGUUGUAGAAAAGUGUGUCAAGGAGAUAGAGGCUCGAGCAUUAAAUUGUAGUUGUUUACAUUGCAUGGAUAUGGAAGGGUUAUAUCGUCUGGCUGGUUUCCAUGACGAUGUUGAAGCAGUACGAAUGGCUUUUGACAAAGACGCAGAGAACACAGACAUUAGUUCCAGCAAGUAUGAAGAUAUCAACACCAUCUGUAGUGCCCUGAAACUUUAUUUCAGACUGCUGCCUAUACCUUUGAUUACAUGUGAUGUGUACAAAAAACUGAUGGAAAUUAUCAAAACUGAAGACCUGACAGUCUCUGACCAAGUGAAACUAAUGAAGGAGCCACUGUCUUCCCUGCCCCCGGCACACUUCCAUACUUUAAAGUUUAUGUGUGCCCAUCUAGGAAGAGUCGUGGAGAACAAGAGUAAAAACAUGAUGUCCUUUGAGAAUCUAGCUAUAGUCUUUGCCCCAACACUGCUGAGAUCUGACGAUGCUGACCCAAUGGCCAGUCUAAUGGCUGCCAAAUUUGAGCAGAAAAUUAUGGACGUCAUUCUGAGCAAUCACAUCAAACUGUUAGGCAAAUGAUAGCGAAAGAGAAACUUUUGAUAGAAGAAGAAAUUUAUUUUUACACAUUUCAACCGUACUAUAACUUGGAUCUUCCGAAGCCUUAAUGUGCAGUGCAAUAAACUUUUGUUUUUUCGAGGAGUGAAAGGUAGAUAACUGGUGAUAUCCCGUGGAAGUCAGUAAUAUAAGGUGGUUUUCCCCAAAUUUCAUUUUGAUGCACCGAUUCAAUGUACAUUGUAAAAAGUAAAUUUAUAGGGUCACAAAGACACUUUUAGGGGUCACCACCAAAGUAUUUAAAGUAAUAAUUGUUCUAUUACGAGAGCUCGGUGAAUGAUGUCGCACGUGAACUCAAAUUUUAUAUUCCCUACAGUAUCUUCCUCAUUUAUGAAACUCUUGUACAUCAAACCUCAAAGAAUUGAAAAGAUUCUAUAUUUAUAUAUUUUAUUUUUCAUAUUAAAAUGUGUAUGCAUUUAAAUAAUAGAUUUCCACUGUAAUUCCAUUCAAGAAAACAAGAAUGUAUAAUUUAUGUUGUCCUAAAAAAUUGUACUUUAUAGAUCAGUGCACUUUUGAAGAUAAUUUCCACAUUGUCAAGUUUUUUUUUUUUUUUUUAGAACAAUAAAAUGUAUCUUUAUAUUACUUUUGUCUUAAAGAAAUUUUACAUUUAGAGUUAAUGAAAAGAUUUUGAAGU